UACCGGCUGGAGCAGCGCAGGGGCGACGGCCCAGCGCCCCGAAGUUUGCCGCGCCCGCUCGGGCGGUCGAGGUCAGCCUCUACUCCUGCCUAUACCAUGAACACCAGCCAUAAAGACUGAAGGGGCUCCUUAGUGCUCUCUGACUCUAAAAGGCCUCUGAAGACAGCUGCUCAUGGGAGGGGACAUGUUCUAUUUGUUUCUCUUUUAAUCCUCUGAUGGGGUUUGUUUUCUUGAAAAGGCUCCAGGCUUCGGCUUGGAAAAUCCAACCGCCAAAAUUGAGCCCAGCAGCUGGAGCGGCAGCGAGAGCCCUGCCGAAAACAUGGAAAGGAUGAGUGACUCGGCAGAUAAGCCGAUUGACAAUGAUGCAGAGGGGGUCUGGAGUCCUGACAUCGAGCAGAGCUUUCAGGAGGCCCUGGCUAUCUAUCCGCCGUGUGGGAGAAGGAAAAUCAUCUUAUCAGACGAAGGCAAAAUGUAUGGUAGAAAUGAAUUGAUAGCCAGAUACAUCAAACUCAGGACAGGGAAGACAAGGACCAGGAAGCAGGUGUCUAGUCAUAUACAGGUCUUAGCAAGAAAGAAAGUUCGAGAAAUUCAAGCCGCCAUUAAGGUGUCUAGUCACAUUCAGGUUCUUGCCAGAAGGAAAUCUCGUGAUUUUCAUUCCAAGCUAAAGGUAACAAGCAUGGAUCAAACUGCCAAGGACAAGGCCUUACAGCACAUGGCUGCCAUGUCAUCAGCCCAGAUCGUCUCGGCUACUGCCAUCCAUAACAAGCUGGGGCUGCCUGGGAUUCCACGCCCCACUUUUCCGGGGGCACCGGGGUUCUGGCCUGGAAUGAUACAGACAGGACAGCCAGGAUCUUCACAAGACGUCAAGCCCUUUGUGCAGCAGGCCUACCCCAUCCAGCCAGCAGUCACAGCCCCCAUUCCAGGGUUUGAGCCUGCAUCAGCUCCAGCUCCCUCGGUCCCUGCCUGGCAGGGCCGUUCCAUUGGCACAACCAAGCUUCGCCUGGUGGAAUUUUCAGCUUUCCUUGAACAGCAGAGAGACCCAGACUCGUACAACAAACACCUCUUCGUGCAUAUUGGGCAUGCCAACCAUUCUUACAGUGACCCGUUGCUUGAAUCUGUGGACAUUCGUCAGAUAUAUGACAAAUUUCCCGAAAAGAAAGGUGGCUUGAAGGAACUGUUUGGAAAAGGCCCUCAAAACGCCUUCUUCCUCGUAAAAUUCUGGGCGGACUUAAACUGCAAUAUCCAAGAUGAUGCUGGGGCUUUUUAUGGUGUGAGCAGUCAGUACGAGAGCUCUGAAAACAUGACGGUUACUUGUUCCACCAAAGUGUGCUCUUUUGGGAAACAAGUAGUAGAAAAAGUAGAGACGGAGUAUGCAAGGUUCGAGAAUGGCCGAUUUGUGUACCGAAUAAACCGCUCGCCAAUGUGUGAAUAUAUGAUCAACUUCAUCCACAAACUCAAACACCUACCAGAGAAAUAUAUGAUGAACAGUGUUUUGGAAAACUUCACCAUUUUAUUGGUGGUAACAAACAGGGAUACACAAGAAACUCUCCUCUGCAUGGCCUGUGUAUUUGAAGUUUCAAAUAGUGAACAUGGAGCACAGCAUCAUAUCUACAGGCUUGUAAAGGACUGAACCUGGUUAUUUAUAAAUAUAGAUAUCUGUAUAUACACACACAUAUGUGCACACACACACUCUCUCCAUUAUCGAACGACUGACUGUAAACCUCACCACAGGUGAUGCCUGGGCCAGGUGAUGCCCAGGUCACACCCUGACUUUUCUAAAUCCUGUUUGAGUGAACUUAUUAUUUUUUUUCAUGUGUUCAUGCUAUUAUUGUAGCUGUGAAGUUGUGAUGCAGUUUUUGUGUAUUCCUCAGAUCUGCAACCCACAAUUCCUUGGGGAAGGUGAAUCUUACCAGGCUAAACCUCUCUCUCUGCAGACCUGUUUCCUGUUGUGGUAGAAAAUAAUGAGACAGAGGAUUGGCCAUGGGGCAUUGACUGCCUUUACACAAAUGUAUUUAGUUCUUUUUUGUUUGUUUGUUUUCCCAACAUAAAAUUCUUGUUUUAAGAUACAAGUAAAAUUAAUCUUUAAAUGUAAAUUAGUACAAGAAAACUAAGAUUCUUUAGACUUAUCUUUGUAACUAAUUAGGGUGGAAGUUAUGGAAGAAUGUAAUUCACUAAAUUAUUUUUUAAAUGAAAUCUUUUUUCUUUUUAAAACCAAAUGUUAAACUAUAGCCUUAAGAAAUGCUUGGUAGAAAUAUCCUAAUGAGACAAAUUUUGUACCUUUCCACCCCUCAAGGUUAAAACUAAUAUCCUAAUUCAUUAAACUCUUGAAACAGGUGUUGCAAAGAAAGAAAAUGUCACCCCUUAUCCUUAACAUAUAUAGUAUAUUUAAAAAUGUAAAAUUGUAUUGUACUAAUGUGAUAAUUGAUUAUUUAAUGAAAAAGAAAAGAUGGCUCUUUUUGCAAUAAGUAGAUAAUACUGAAACAAAUCUAAGCUUACAAUGUUAUAGUCUUGUGUGUGCAGUUACAUUUUAUAUGGUCAACCAAAUUUUUUUAUGGAAAAGAGUUCACAUUUGAACCACUGAAAUUUAACAGGAAAAUUUAAAAAUUGGCAUGAAUACUGCACUGUGAGUUGCAAAGGAUGCAGAAAUCCUGUGGCUGGGAGAAAAUUGUCAUCUGAACAAGUAUAAGGCUCAUCAGGCUUGCUGUCUCUGCUCCCCAUAAUUGUCACCGUCACAGCCUCCUCACCAGCCUGUGGGUAGUUUGUUGCUGGUAACCCAACGUGCAUGGAAAGCAUCUGUGAUUAUAACUGUGUUCAUGCACAUGUGGAAUUCAGUUCUUUGAACUCCUGUCUCCUGUCAGUUUGCUAGUAGCUUAUCACUUCUCUCUUGGUCUGCAUUAUAGACAUGGAUAUAUUUUCUCUAAGGGCAUCUCUUGACCUCUCUUCAUAAGCCUCAGUGGCACUUUGUGUGCUCUCUUUCACUCACCCCCCCUUCCCGCCCUGAUUUUUUUUCCAAGUAGACUCCCUCAUCCGGUAAGUUCUGUUUCCAAGAGAGUUCACAUCUCUGAUCUGAGAUUUCCAAAGCAUGUUGGUCUCAUGUGGCAAGUCUGGGGUUACUUCUCUGAGUACUUUCUCUCACUGGGGAAGCAAGAAAGGUUACCACUCCACUUCCCAGGGAAGGUAAGAGGAGAGUAAGAGUUUCCUUACGCACCCACACACAGUUAGGAAUACGUGAACACAGUAGAACAUGACAUUAACUUUUUAAGUUGAAAAAAACAGGUAGCACGGCAAAUUGUUUUUGAUACCAAGGCCUAUCAAGUAAAAUCCUACUUCUACUAUACCCAGGUGACACAUAUCCCUUCUUUGCCCCAACAUCUGCUCUGACUAUUCAGCCACUUGUGGUCUUAAGUGGUUGGGCAUGACUGGCAUGUAGCUAAAGGAACCACGCUGGAUUGACUCUGUCUCCUGCCAGCUGCAUCUCUGGUCCCUGGGAAGACCUGAGGAGAAUGUGCAAGACUUUGCCAUUAGCAAUGUGUCUCCCUUCUGUGAGCCAGUGGGGCAUUGUUUUUCUCUUCAGGAGAACUGCCUUGAUUCCCUGGCUCUAAACCAGUCCUCAAAAGAAUGGCUACACUGGGUUUCUCUCUGUCAGUCUGUCUUCAAAUCAGAUAUCCUUAAGGGAUGCCAUUAGUUAAUCCCAUAGGGGUGUUCCUUUAGCUUUGAUUUCCUACAGCCUUCCUCUAGAGGAAUGCCCCACUGUCUUGACACUAGGACUAUAAGAAUGUGUACAAAUGAUCUGUGACUACAGUCCAGACCAUCCCAGAGUGUGAAGGGGAGAUCUGCCACUUAGGAGUGGAGUUGCCCUCUAUACCACCGGGCUCUGGGGGUUCGUUUCCCAAAUACCACCUAGAGGAUAGUGGUUGGCUGUGGGGAGGGUAUGACUUUACAGAAUUAGGAUGCUGUCUCUGUUGCCUCUCUGUCUGGGUGAUCUUCCAAAGGCCUUUCUGGGGGUGAGGGUGGGGUAGGGAAUAGGAAUAACCCUGAUUUACUUUUUGCUCUUAAAAUGGCUAUAAAAUCCUUUAAUACAUAUUCAACACCUAUUCUUCCCCCUAACUUAUUUCCAUCCCCAUAUCUCCACCCCUUCCAACUUCUUGUUCUUUAAAACAAGAAAAUAACCACCAUCUUAGUUAGCAUUACCAUUGCCAAGAUGAAACACCGUGACCAAAAAAACCCCAAAACAAAAACCAAACUAACAAAAGCAAGUUGGGGAGGAAAGGGUUUAUUUGGCUUACAUUUCCACAUCAUAGUCCAUCACCGAAGAAAGUCAGGGAAGGAACCCGAGAUAAGGAAUUAAUACAGAGACUCUGAAGCGGUGCAGCUCUCUGGCUUGCUCCUCAUGGCUUGUUCAGCCUGUUUUCUUAUAGAACCCAGGACCAGAAGCCCAGUGAUGACACUAUCCACAAUGGUCCCUGUCUAUUAACAAAAUGCCCUACAGGCCUGCCUCGAGCCCUUCCUCCCCUGCCCCUUUCUUUUUCAGUGUAACAGCCCUGGCUGUCCUAGUAUUAACUCUGUAGACCAGGUUGGCCUCAAACACACAGAAAUCUGCCUCCCUUUGCCUCCUGAGUGUUGGGAUUAAAAGCAUGUGCCACCAUCUCCUGACUCCUGACAGCCAUUUAUUAUGGGGACAUUUUCUCAGUUGAGGUUCCUUCUCAGAUAAUAAUAGCUUGUGUUAAGUUGGCACAAAACUAGCCAGAACACCCACCAUGCCAAAUUUGUGCUGCCCGUAUACAGCAUGUGUGGACAUCUGUUGGAGCGUGGUUGGCCUACUGGGAACCACACUCUUAAGAGAAAACUGGCUUCCCCUACCCCAAAAGCCAUCAUCUGUCUUUGCUCCUCAGCCUUGGGGUGGAGGCUCAUGAGCCCCUUCCACCCUCAAUGCUGGGAUUUGGCCAGCUUGUUCUCACAGCUGCUGUGAGUGUGAACACAGUGGUCUCCUGUGUCCAGAAGACACCUUUGCUCUAGUCCACCCCACCCCACCUCCUGCUCCUACAGUCUUUCUGCUCUGUCUUCAGUGCUGAUAACUGGACGAUUUGUGAGACUUCUAGAGUUUCUCUGUCUUAAUCAAUGACCCAGUUAUCCCAAACUUGCUUUAUUUCCCAAUUGGGGGUCUGGGGUGGGGUUUGUGUCCUCCCUUGAAUCCUGAUCUUUGGUUGUUCUCGGUUCCUUCUCUUCCUUUUCCAGCCAGCUCCCUGGACCCUAGGGAGUCCUUGGCGAGCCCUGCCCUUCCCUUCUUAGUGUUGUCUCUAGGACAGAUCUGUCAGGGACAUAUGUUGACAUCUUGCUCAGUCACUGCAUAGUUUAGACACCAUGUUGACAUCUUGCUCAGUCACUGCAUAGUUUAGACACCAUCUAUCCAAUGAAAGAGACCUAAAUGUCCGGGGACCCCAGAGUCCACCUAACUGGAGGCCUGGGACAUUUUUGGCUAGUUAAUUGGCGAUUACCCUGGGCAUUGUCAGAUGGUUUUAGAAUUCCUGGUCACCUUCACAGUUGUCACAGCUCAUUGCCCAGGGUUGUGCAAGGUUCAGCCUUAGUUGAAAAUGGCCGCCCGUUCUCUUACUUUCCUUAGCAUUGAUAACGAGUUUUUCUUCCCUCAUCCCGUGGGGUGAGGAUCAGGAAGAGGUGAGUAGAUGGUAUUCUUCAGCAGCAUCCUUCUUCCUCUUAAGAGGUGCCUCCUGUACAGCUACCAUUUCCUUUCCUGCUGCUCUUUCUCUCAUAUCUAGCCGGCAGCCUCCCUGUAGCCAUCUGACUUCCAUUUAAAGAGCAUUUCUGAUUCGGCCUGGAACCCUUACUUUACCAGGGCUUAAAAAGAAACCCCCCCCCCCAGAUUUGGUUCUUUCUCACAAGCUCCCCACUCUCCUCAUCCUUUCAUUGUUAAUGUGUGUUGCCUCCGCACUGCUUCAUGCUGUCUGUUGUAUCUCUUUCAGCUUUAGGGAUGGAGCGGGUCUGGAUCUGUUCCAGAAGGUGGCUCAUGUUCAACCUAAAAGAGAGCACAGUCCGUUCCCCUUCACCUGGAGGGGAUGAGAGGUGCCUGGAAGUCUCCCGGCUAGUUAGUCACGGACAAGGGUGAGGGCUUCUCUUCCUACUUCAACCUUUCCUGGGUGGAAGCUAUCUUUCCUUGGUGCUCUGUGCUUAAGUGAUCCCUGAGGAUGCAUGGACAGGGUCACUUCAGAUCCCCUGUAGCUAUCUGGGGACCACAGGAGAUGGCAAGUCUGAUGCGCCUCUUCACGUUCUCUGAGGACAGUUCUCCAGCCAUAGGCUUUGAGUCAAAUUUCUAUUUGCCACCCAUCCCAGAAGCAAAGUUCUGCUCACACACCAGCCAAAAUAGAACCUUUGGUGUUGAAAGGACUUUUAGAUCCAGGCUUCAUUAGGCUUCAAUACCAUGGUGGCACCAGCCACUGUUUUUAUACAACCAUAAAUGAGUGAAGUCACAUGAUGGUCAGUUUUAUAAACCAGGUACCUAUAAUUUAUAUGACUUUGUAUAUGCUCUGGUGUACCACACCUGUCCUGAGGAAGGGUAGGGUGACUGUGUGUCAGUGUCCUCGCUGUGACAUUAGGAGGAUGCUGAGUUGCUGACUUCUGUGUUGAUGUUUCUGUGGCUAAGCCCUGCACGUGUCUUUUCUGAAAAGCCUUAAAUCUUGGAGACGGCACGUCGUAGGGUGUCGGUGUGACAGGUUGUCUGGGAACCGUGAGCCCUUUUGUAAGCUGGAAGCAUUUCUCUUACUACUGUUACUUUUCAUUUUCUUUAAGGGAGUUUUCACUUCACAGCUGCCAAAGCCUCCCAGUGAAGCAGUGCCUUAGUAAUACCUUAGUAGCCGCCAGCCUUUUCUCAGGCCUGUUCUCGGUGUCCACUUGCUAAUUGGCCCAGUAUCCGAAGCAGGACAAGCCAAAACGGUUUUCAUUUUCGUUUCAAAACCCCAUUUUUUAAAACUAGCUCUAUAGGAAGCUGAUGACUUGGUUUCAAACAACCUGAAUCAGAACCCAAGUCAGUCCUUUGACCAUGCUCUCACAUACGUAUCCAUACCAAAACUAAAGGCUGCAACACCGCAGUUUACUAUAAAGAGUGAAUUGUACUUUUCAUUGAUGCCUUUUUCAAUUCAUGACCAAAUACUUAGCUAUUUGUGAAUCUUCUGCACUCCAGCAUGAAAGUGCCUUUGGCUCGAGAUUCCAGCUUAGAAAGUGCCACCGUAAUAACGACAAUUUGUAGAGAGACCAAAAAUAUUUUGAGAUCACCAUAAUGCCUUUGGUUAACCGGGAUGAGUAACCAACCACAGGCCUCCUCUAUUCAUGAGAGCACCGUGUGGUCCCUGCCUGCUGGGAGUCUGCCUGCCAGUGGGGGACUCCACCACUGCUCACCUAUAGCACAGUGCUGCAGCGGGGGAACCCCACAAACUGUUGUGUCUGUGUGCUGACUCCCCUCCCCCAGCAUGUCCAUCAACUCGUCACCCAGCUCUGCAUCCCUGGGAAGGAAUUUGCGCACAAGCACCCGAAUCCCGGCCAGUGGACAGACAUCGCGGCUUUGCCUUCUCCAUGUGUCCAUGUCCAGUCUGUGGAGACUCUCAUCCACUGGGACGAAGUGCGCACUUGCUUGCACAGUGAUACCAUUUGGUUGUUGGAAGCCUCACGUUGAGAUGACAGUGCAGAACAAAAAUUAAAAAUGGGUUCAUUAGGGUCAUUGCAGCUUAAGUGUCUUUAGACAGAUUUGCUGGCUCCGGAUGUCUGAUGUGCUGUGUGUCUUCGAAAGAGCACAUUUGCAAUUUGGCAUUUUCAAGAAUGUUCUAGUCCUUAGAGAGCCAACUCUUUGAAGUCUGUGUCAGCUUAGAGUAAAAUCUUUGUGCAUCUGGAAACCCCAUACAGUAAGGAAAAGGACAAAGGAGGCAAAAAGAAGCCAGGAAAGAAAUACGUUUUUUUUUUCCUUUUUCCUUUUUCUUUUUUAAAAUUCCUUUGCUGAUGUUAAGUGUGAAAGUAAAUGACAGACAACUUUGAAAGUUAGCCUCGAAACUCUCCCACAUCCGUUCAUUCUUUGCCCUCCCUGGUGUCUAAGGAAUAGCCCUUCUGGGCUCUGAAAUUGCAGGGGUGACUUGUAUCCACCCCAAGUUGUAUAAAAGCCCUAUUUUGUUUUGUUUUUAAAGAAAAACAACUCUCAUAUGGAAAGGAGAAUUCCUUAGCACAGGUUAGAGUUAGUUGUUUGGUGUCUUGGACUCCUCCCUGGCAGGAACACACCGCAACUUGAAGAAAUUAGUCAAAUGUGUUUGCAUGUGCCUCCUAGCCAUUGCUGUCCUGUCUGGUGGUAGUUGUCUCUCCUAAACGCAUUGCUUAUAUCCUAAAAAUGAAGGUUUUGUGUUUAAAAUGUACUACGUUGCAAAGGGUAGGCCUCACUGAAGUCACGCAUCGUUGACUAAGAUGUCUAUGUAUUUAUUGCUCCUUCCUGACUUGUUUUCUCUGUGAAUCAGCAUUGGGUCCCUGUGCCUCACACUACAUCAUUUUAGGUAGAAGCAGCAUUGUGUGUGUGUCCUCACCCUCGUUCAUACCAUGGGGUCAGAUCCCACUAGGCUCCAGCCUGGCUCAGCGUGACCCUUGCCAGUUUUCACCAUGGACAUUCUAUUUCCCCUCUUUCUUAGAAAGGUGGACAGAACCCACACACGCGUCCGUCAUUUUGGAAACCCUGUCCAUGGGUUUUGUUUUUUUUUUUUGUUUUAAAAAUCGUUUCCUGUCAUUAGUUUCACUGUGUAAAAUAGAUAUUAACUGCACUUCUUUAAAAAACAAAUGUACGUCUCCUGUUACCUCCUUGGAAGAUCAACUUCUCUAGGCCUUUUUCAGUGGGCUUAUGAUUUCAGACAAGGAAAAAAAACAGUAAAAACAAAAACAGUACGUGCCUGAAAAAUGACAAAAAAAAAUCUUUUUUUUUGUAAUGUUUAAAAAACCUGAAAAGCCUUUACUUCUUUGAUAUGCUCAAAUUUUAUGAAAAUUGGUUUUUGCCACGUGUGUUUGUUCACAUUCUAAGCGACUUCAUGGCUUCUCUGUUGUCUCUUGUGUAAAGUGUAUAGGAUGGGCUUGUGGCGUUAGCAUUUCAUCUGGUCAGUGGUUCCUUUGAGAUUGUACUGCUGCUGGGACUGGGCCGGAACCAGAGCCUUUGGAUGACUGGGUCCCUCUUUGGGGAGACCAUGGAGAAGAGGGUGGAAUGGCUCUUCCACAUGUUUUCUUAAACUGUUCGCAGAAACUUUCAAAAGGCAUUUGGCUAAAGCUCCCGGCAGUACAGUAUUCUUGUAUUCGUUAACGUUUGUGUUUAGGUACUGGUACCUUUUUGUUUAAAAAUGUUGUAAGUGUUGGCUUUAAAGUGAAUUUAUCUUUAGUAUGAUAGGUAUAUGAAAAUUAUAGGGUUUGUGUGCAGAGAAUUUUUUUAUAAAGUGCUUUGUAAAAAAAAUGUAUUCUAGCUUUCGCGGUACAUAUGUGUGAUAACUUUAAUAUCCAUGACAGUUAAGUGCAAUUAUUUCAUCACUCUAAAAAUGCUAUUUUUGUGUCAGUUCCUGCAGGUGUUUUCAUGUCUUUGCAAAGUGACACAUUUUGAUGCCUUCUUGAUAAAGUGGUAGACAUUUUGUAGCUUUCUAGAAACUUUGUAUCCAUACGGUAUCAAUGAAAAAUAAAGAAAAUGAAAGUGUGGGUCA